GGCAAAAGUUGCGACUUGUUAUAAAAAAAAACAAAAAGCGGAAAGCUCGCCAAAAGCUAAAAGCUAACCCGCAUGCUAUGGGCCCGAUUUUGGGGGCCCAUGGGGCCGGGCUUGGUGGAGGCCCUGGGGUGGCUAUAGCAUGCGGGAAAGCGUUUCGAUUCAGGAGGCGGCAGGGGCGCGGCUUUUCAACAAAAAAAGCCAAAGGACGCAAAUCCCGCCAAAAGCAGCAAGCCAACCCGCAUGCUAUGGGCCCGAUUUGGGGGGCCCACAGGGCCGACCCUGGCGGAGGCCCUUGUGGGGCCACAGCGUGCGGGAAAGCGUUUCUCCUCUGAAAAGAGCAAAAAGACCCGGCGUCGUCCAGUCAAAAAGACCCCGCGCGACCUCACUACCCCCGCCCCGGCGGCUAUAUUUGGUACUGAAAAUUAGUGAGCAAGAGACGACGCGCCAGGAGUGGCCGGAUGUGGUGACGGCCAGUCUGAUCGCGCAUUGACUUAGCCUCAGCGGUCUAGACUAGCAACGCACACCUUCACGAUCCUUGCCCUUUCUCUGUUGUCGCGCUUCACAAAGUGCUCAGAAUUUUCAAGAUGUCCGAGCAAAUCGAUCAGCAUAUGACACCCGAGGAUCACCUUUUUGAAAUUGUUUUGUUUUCACGCAAAGCGUGCGGGCGGUCGUCUGCAAGUAGAAAGAGAUCCGGUCGACGGGCAGUUCCUAUUUUGUUUGAUUUUUCUGCGUACAUAUCUUUGCGACCAAGAAGCCACCGCUGCGGCUUUGUCUACCUUCGAGCCCUUUCGUAGAAGUGCAAAUAUUACAUGCGGAAGUGCGGAAGUAGCGGAUGGAGCGAGCAGCCGAAACGAUGCGGCACCACGAGCGCCACUCUUACGGGUCCGGCGGUGUUCGCACUGUACAGAAGUUUUUGCUUUAGGAAGUAGCUGGCGAUCUGCAAAAGCUUCUAUUUUCAUUUUGUUUUUGCAUUACAGUAGAUGAUCUAUCAAGCGUAGACAACCCGCUCCCUCAUGUUCAUUCGCCGCGCCCCUUCUUCGAUUGAAUUUCCCUAACUCAAUACCAACUACAGCUCGCACCAAAGAAGCGCAACGUGCAGGGCCGCAAAAAACCGGACGAAACGUACAGAGACCUCGCGGAGCGCAUGAUCCGCGAACGCUAUGAAGUCAUAGCGCAGCCACUCGGAGAAAUGUCUCAUGCAGCUGCAGGCGCGGAUGACUUGGAGGAGGCGAUACUGGAAGAGGAGGUCGCGAAAGGGACGUGGCCCAUGGUGCCCAGGAGCACAGGGAGUAUCAAAUGUAAAAAUGUCUGGGUCUGGAAGGUUACCAGGUUUGUCAUGCAUAUUUUACAUGACGAUGACUCAGGAUGUAUGUAAUGCACAAUCUGGCAUCACAUAUUUUUACAGGCCUUCAUGAUGCUUAUCCCGCAUGACAAAUGCCCUCCCCGCGUAGCACAAACUGGGCUCCUAUUGUUGGCCAUGCAAUACAGAUUUUUUUAGAGUCCAGAGCUAGCAUCACAAGUGCCAGCCUUCCAGACCCAGACAUUUUUACACUUGAUAGGGAGCGCGGCGAAGCAUCUUCCGGGCAGGCCAGCACUGAAGAUGAUCAGCGGGCUAGUUGUUCUUCCAUCUGAGAACGAGUCGCAGAUGAAUCAUGAAACCGCUCUCCCGUCGUUUUCCUCGAAUUUUCUUGGUGCGACCAAGGGGAGCGGCUACAUGAAGCGUGUGUGGGAGCUAUCAAAAGGAAAAAUUCCCCCUCCCCAUAUCAAAACGAAAUUUCUCAUGCUGGAUUUGAGUACACAAAUCAGCUUUGUAUUGCAGGAAAGCAUUGCAGUCAGGUCCCCAGGCUAGGUAGGGGCGUAUGCGUCUAGUUGUUCAGCAUGGCAAGCGGCUCCUCUUUAGAUCCAACAGCAUGACAAAUCGCUUCCAUAAUAUGGCGAAAGCUUCUGCCCUUGUCUUCUUGCAAGACAGCUGUGAUUUGUGACUUCAAAUCAGCAACACAAAUUUUCGGAGACAUGCCUUUUCAAUAUGGGAGGGGGGAUUUUUCCUCUCAAUAGGAGCAGCAGAAGCAGGCUCUUGUUCCCAAACCGGUGUCCGACACGUUGGGCCCGGAUCGAUUAGAGGAGGAGCCUGUCUGCUGUGGACUGGAUUCGACCAAAAAGUGCCACAUCGCGUUUGCCGCGCUGGGAGAAGGGAUAGCACACACGGUCAGCCUCUCGCCCCUCGCGGAUGCUGAGCAGUCGGUGGACCCACUGCAGUUAGAAGAAGCUGUUAGCGUUUCGUCAGAAAAUACUAGCCAUCAAGUCUCGCACUCGCCUUCGACUGCAGGAGAUGAACCUGAGGAAUGCACAACGGAGCCCGUACACGCAGCCAGCAUGACGCAGUAUCUCGUAAGCAGAACCGCGCAUGAAGAUGGUGCUAGUGCAACAACGACUGCUGGAGUCGUGGACCAUGACGGAAGGGAGACCACCAGCACCACGCCUACGUCAUCCAAUGUCGUGGUCUGCUUUCAACUUGAAGAAAGCUUGGCAUCGUUAGGGUCCAGUUCUUCCGAGGUGCUAGCGGCCGAAUCGAGCGAUAUUGCAGACGGGGCGGACGAGAAAGUGAAAGAGAAAGACAGCGCAAAUCGUUCACAACACGCUCGUUGUCGCACCGCGUACCACAUGUUUGCCAGUCAGGGAGCGCCGGAGGCGUUCCAGAAGACGAAAUGCGCGGAAAGUCUACAGAGUGGGUCCUUGUUCGCGGAAAUUGUCAAAACAAGCCUCCACCAACCUUCCUCGGAAACCGUGGCGGACAUCUGCGAAAAAAAUUUCCUCACGCCGGGUUGA